UGCGCCCCCUCCCAUUCCGGAGCUGGGGGAGGGAGGUUGCCCGGGCCGGACCCGGCAGCGGCCCCGAGCGGGCGGGCUCGGGCGAGCAUGGGGGGCUGCCUUUCCUCGCAGGCGGCCGAUGACCUGUCGCUGCUCAACGACUCUACCGGCGAUGGGGCGAGCCUUGGGCCUGGGGAUACAUCUCCACCGCCCAUCCCUGUCCCGCCGCCCCCCUACCAGGAACAUGCACCAAUUCCUGUAUAUCACCCAACGCCCAGCCAGGCACGUCUUGCCACGCAACUAACAGAAGAGGAGCAGAUCCGUAUAGCUCAGAGGAUUGGGCUGAUUCAACAUCUUCCCAAAGGAAUAUUUGAUCCAGGCACAGAGCCAUCGGAAAAGAAAAUCAAAGAGUGUGUGAUCUGCAUGCUGGAUUUUGUAUACGGAGACCCCAUCCGGUUCUUGCCCUGCCUGCACAUCUACCACGUUCACUGCAUUGACGACUGGCUGAUGCGAUCAUUCACCUGCCCUUCUUGCAUGGAGCCAGUUGACGCUGCUCUUCUGUCCUCCUACGAGACUAACUGAGGUGGCUCGGUGCCCUGCUCUUGUUAAUGCUUCCAGGCUCUGGCUGUGUGGGGGGCUGGGAUGUGGCACACUUUUAUUUGCACACUUCUGGGAUACACCAAAGAUCCUAUGGCAGAGAAUCUGAUCCCAGGCCUUGAGGACAACACAGAACCAUUCUAGCUUGGCUGGCUGUGCUAAAGGCUGACUUGUGCCAUAUUUGAGAAUUGUAACCAGAGUAGGUGGAGACUGGGGACGAAAUGGCAAAGCAAGAAUUGUCCUUUCACUCCACCCACAAAUGCUGUUUUUUCUUUUUCUUUUUAAGAUCAAGAUUGUUCCUUAGGACUAUUCUUACCCGCAUACCUGUUUAAAUCCCCACUGAGUUAUCAAGUACAGGUCUGGGGUGUUACAUGGAAAGGGACUGCAACUCUUUGACCAAAAAGAGAGUGUUGUUUAAAGCUGACACUGGUUGCAAAGAUCUUGUAAUUUCAAAUCCAGAAA